AUGUGUCGGAAUAAGGAAGGGGAUAUCUUAACGGACGAACGUGAGGUGAUUGAAAGGUGGAAGCAGCACUACGAUGAACAUCUGAACGGCGCAGAGGCGGAGGACCUAGGCGGCAGGAGAAAUGGCUUCGUCGGUACAGAGGAUGAGAGGGACAUGCCAGCUACCACGAUAGGUGAAGUUAAGGAUGCUAUCCGACAGCUUAAGAACAACAAAGCAGCUGGGAAAGAUGUCCAAUUCCAACCCACCGGAGUUGGCCACGGUAAACGCGCCAACAUAGUGGUCCUUCGAGCCGGAUCCAGCGCCGCCCGUAGGAAAGGAUUCAACACCAUCGCCACUCGACCGAGUAACCGCUAUUCCGAAACCAUACGUGCUCGUGCUGUGUGUAACGUACGACGUGACAACGAGUUCAUUAUGCCAGUGGAUCGAACCCCGAAAGGUAAGCCUGCUGCUAAGGAAGCAGUUGAGGGCACAGGCAAGGAGAAGCAGCACGACGAGUCAGCAAUAUUCGAAGGAUUUGCAGAAUGGGAAAUCAGUGCUGAUUCCGAAACCGUGAAGGAAAUAACGUCGCUUUCCCGCCAGCGAGACCAGGUCACCAUGAAAGUAGUGCGUGUGCAAAGGGCGCUUGUUGCCGCUCGAAACUUGGUGAGCAUCUCACAACUCAGGACGUACAUGAAGAAUAUCGAUGUGGCCUACAACGAAUACAGCGCAGUGCAUAGCAAACUGGUUGCUAUCAUUCCCCAAGAAAGUUUUCAACAGCAGGAGGAAGUUUAUGUCGCAUUUGAAGACCGAUACAACUUCGUCCGCACGACCAUCGAUGAGCUAAUCAUGGCACACGAAAAUGCCAGUGUUCGUUCUCAAGCCCCGCAACAACAAAUCAUCGUCCAACAGCAACCGUUGAAGGCUCCAAUUCCAACCUUCGAUGGUGAUUAUGCCAACUGGCCGAAGUUCAAGGCCAUAUUCCAAGACUUGAUGGCCAACUCAGGAGACUCGAACGCGAUCAAGCUGUAUCAUCUGGACAAGGCUCUGGUUGGUGCAGCAACAGGUGCUCUGGAUGCCAAAGUAAUCAGCGAAGGUAAUUACCAGCAAGCGUGGACCAUUCUUACCGAUCGCUAUGAAAACAAAAGGAUCAUAGUCGAGACGCACGUUCGUGGUCUGUUCAACUUGCAAGGAAUGUCAUCCGGAUCCCACAAGGAGGUGCGACGUCUGCUCGAUGAGUGCACCCGCCACGUCGAGAGCCUGAAGUAUCUUGAACAGGAAUUCCUCGGUAUUUCCGAUUUGUUUCUGGUUCAUAUGCUGACGACCGCCAUGGACAACACGACCAGGAUGGCAUGGGAAGGCACACAGAAGAAGGGCGUGCUACCCAAGUAUGCGCAAACCAUUACGUUCCUGCAAUCGAGAUGUGAAAUAUUGGAGAACUGCGAAACAGCUUUCCAGAAGGUUAAUGCGCAGCCCGCUUCCAAAUCGACCCCGAAGGUACAAGCAUUCCAACCGAAAGCAAGCAACCCGAAGGUCCAUGCCGCCGCAACCACACCAAUCAGCAAGGAGGUUUGUGAUUUCUGCCAAGGUGCACAUCGCAACUACCAAUGCAAUGCGCUUGGUAACAUGUCCUUUGACAAACGUAUGGAGAAGGUACGCACAACUGGUGUGUGUUUCAACUGUCUGCGCAAGGGGCACAGCUCCAAGGAGUGUUCAUCACCGAGGUGCUGCCAAAAGUGUCAGAAACGGCAUCAUACACAACUCCACAACGACGAGGUAAACCGAGAACCGAAAGCCAACGUGUCCGUUUCGAAAGAAGAGUCCCGCACAGUUCAACCGAACAGCACGGUAGCAAACCCGCCAUCCGGAAGAGAUAUACCGAGCACAUCCUGCUCGUGUAACUACGCCGAUUCCACGAAAACUGUGUUCCUGCUGACAGCGGUUGUCAACGUGCUGGACGAAAACAAUCAACUGCAUUCAUGCCGAGUACUGCUAGAUAGCGGCUCUCAGGUAAAUUUCGUAACAAACAAUUUUGCAAAUCUUUUAAGAAUUCAGAAGCAUCGUGUCAACGUUCCAAUCUGUGGCAUCAACGACGUCAGGACUGUAGCCCACGACAAGGUAAUGGUCAACAUCCGAUCUCGACUCACCGACUUCCAAGCACACGUGGAGUGUUUGGUUACGCCCAAUGUGACAGGUGUCAUCCCGCCAACAAGAAUCGACGUGUCAUCUUGGAACAUUCCCUUCGGCGUCCAACUAGCCGAUCCGGAAUUCUACAAACCGGACAAGAUCGAUAUGCUUCUUGGUGCAGAGUUAUUCUUCAAGUUGAUGCGACCAGGACAUAUCAAACUCGACGACAGCCUUCCCGAUCUCCGUGAAACCUGCCUUGGAUGGGUUUUAGGCGGUGUAUUCACUAACACGAUCCACGCCAAUCAACCACAACAUUCGCUCAUCGUAUCGUUGGAUGACAUCGAGGAAUCCAUUCAACGAUUUUGGAGGCUCGAAGAGGUGCCAGAUUCGAGUCCUCUGACGAAGGAAGAACAGGAGUGUGAAGCCCAUUUCGUCGCCACCCACCAGCGUGAUGAAAAUGGACGAUACCAAGUGAGGCUACCGUUCAAGGAUAACGUGCACGAGCUUAGUGACUGCCGAGCGGUUGCUUUGAAGCGAUUCCAGAUGCUGCAGAGGAGGCUGCAGCGGAACCCCGAUUUGAAAGAGGAGUAUGUUCAGUUCAUGCGUGAGUAUGAAGAGCUGGGACACUGCCACGAAGUACGAGAAGAAGACGAUCCACCGCACCAGCAAAACUACUACCUGCCGCACCAUGCGGUACUUCGCCCAUCAAGUUCGACCACCAAGUGCAGGGUGGUAUUUGAUGCCAGCGCCAAACCAACAGUGAACAACCGUUCACUCAAUGAGGUUCUACAAGUCGGUGCAGUGGUACAGAACGUGCCGAAGAUGUAUCGACAAAUCAAGAUGCAUCCAAGGGACACACACUAUCUCCGUGUUUUUUGGUGUGAGCAGCCGUCAGAGCCACUCCGAGUCUUGGAGCUCACGACGGUUACAUAUGGAACAGCAUCGGCUCCGUUCCAAGCUACCAGGUGCUUGCAGCAGCUCGCCGAUGAUGAAUCAACCGAUUUUCCGAUCGGUGCGCAAAUCGCCAAGGAGGAUUUUUACGUCGACGAUGCACUUUCCGGUGCAAAUUCACUUCCGGAGGCCCUAGAAGCAGCAAGGCAGCUGGAAGGCUUACUGAAGAGAGGAGGGUUUUCGCUGCACAAGUGGUGUUCCAACUCAAAAGAGUUUUUGGACCACAUUCCAAACGAUCGACUGGAACAGCCCGUUCCAUUGGGAGAAUACGGACCGAAUGGAGUCAUCAAAGUGCUAGGCUUGCUUUGGGAUCCAAAAGCCGAUCAUUUCCUCAUCGCAAGGCCGCCACAAUGUGAUUUGAAUCAACGAUCAACGAAGCGUAUCAUCUACUCCGAGGUGGCCAAGCUCUUUGACCCGUUAGGACUUGUGUCACCAGUGAUUGUCGUCGCCAAGCUACUAGUGCAACAGCUGUGGAAGCACAAGAUUGGCUGGGAUGAGCCCGUCAACGACUCGAUACAGGAGCGAUGGGUUGAAUUUGCAAAUACCUUGCCAGCACUCGACAAAAUCGCCAUACCAAGAAGAGUUACGUUCCACGACGCCGUGUCCUACGAAAUCCACGGUUUUGCCGACGCAUCAUCAUUGGCGUAUGGUGCAUGUGUUUAUGUUCGAAGCCUGUUCUCCAACGGUUCCGCCAAGAUGAAGUUGCUGAGUAGCAAGUCCAAGGUUGCUCUGCUACAUGACCUUUCAACGCCUCGAAAGGAAUUGUGUGCCGCAUUGCUACUAACUCGACUCAUUCAGAGGAUUAUCCCAGCCAUGCAAAUGGAAUUCCGUGACGUGGUCCUCUGGUCGGACAGUCAAAUCGUUCUGGCGUGGAUGAAACGAUCAGCCGAUCGCCUCAAGAUUUUUGUCCGAAACCGAAUUCACGAAAUCAAUACCUCCACUGCAGGAUAUCGCUGGUGCUACAUCCGAUCUGGUGAUAAUCCAGCAGACAUCGUGUCCAGAGGUCAGCUACCAAACGAUUUGCGCAGAAACAAUCUUUGGUGGACCGGACCAAGUUUCCUCACGAAACUCGAGUACGACCAAGAGGAGUUAGUCGAUAUCCCCGACCAACAGCUUCCCGAAAUGACAAGCACCGAAAUUGUCACUUCGGCUGUGGUGGAACAGUUUCCACUGUUUUCCCGCUUCAGUGACUUCAGGAAGAUCGAACGCAUCAUGGCAUUGGUACUUCGAUUCAUCGCCAACAUCCGCACCAAGAACAGGUCACAACGUAUCUUCAACCGGUACGUUACUAUUUCCGAACUCCGUCGAUCGAAUUUCACCAUUAUGAGGAUGGUUCAACAGUCAGAGCUAGCUGACGAAAUACGUCGUGUCCAAACCAACAAACCGUGCCGCAAGCUAGGAGGCUUGAAUCCAGUGUUCGUCGAUGGAUUGCUUCGAGUUGGUGGUCGCCUGCAACAUUCGAAUCUACGAGCCGAGACGAAGAAUCCGAUUAUCCUUCCGAACAGACAUCCACUUACGAAGCAGCUAAUCCGCACAAUGCACAUCGAGCAUUUGCACCUUGGGCAAAAUGGCCUGAUUGCUGCUAUGCGCCAGAGGUAUUGGUUGCUGAGCGCCCGUUCAACCAUCCGGCAAGUGACCCGCAAUUGUGUAAGAUGUUUCCGCACAAAUCCAAAUAUGUCAACGCAGCUGAUGGGCAAUCUUCCUCAACCGAGGAUAAAUCCAGCACCUCCGUUUGCAGUGACUGGUGUCGACUACGCCGGCCCAUUUUGGAUCAAGAUGGGAAAUUACCGAUCCAGGCUCAUCAAGGCUUACGUGGCAGUAUUUGUUUGCAUGGUAACAAAAGCAGUGCAUCUCGAGGUCGUGUCUGAUCUCACAUCCGACGCCUUCUUAGCUGCGCUACAACGGUUCAUCAGCCGAAGAGGAAUGGUGCAACAGUUGCAUUCUGACAAUGCCACCAACUUCCGAGGAGCACAACACGAGUUGCACCAGCUAUAUCAACAGUUCCAGGAUCAGCAGUUCACAGGACGUAUCCAGUCCUUCUGUCAGCCAAAAGAGAUCGAGUGGCAUUUCAUACCGCCGAACGCACCCGAGUUCGGUGGCUUGUGGGAGGCCGCUGUAAAAUCGACAAAGAGACAUUUGGUCAGAGUGGUUGGCUAUUCCAAAUUGUCAUUUGAAGAGCUAACAACCAUACUCACCGAAAUCGAAGCAGUUCUCAACUCUAGGCCACUGUUUUCGAUUUCCUCCGAUCCAGCCGACAUAGAGGUAAUUACGCCAGCUCAUUACUUGAUUGGUAGACCACUUACAGCCGUUCCGGAACCAUCCCUUGAAGACAUCCAAAUUAAUCGUCUGAAAAGAUGGCAACAUCUACAGAAGAUGCGUGAGGAUUUUUGGAAAUCUUGGUCCAGAGAUUAUUUGUGCAGCCUUCAACCGAGGUCAAAGAAUACCAAGACGACAUCCAACCUUCGCCCAGGAAUGGUAGUUCUACUGGAGGACAAAAAUCAACCACCGCUUAACUGGAAGCUAGGCCGCAUCAUGCAGGUAUUCCCAGGGCCAGAUGGAUUGGUCCGAGCCAUCGAUGUGUCGUCUAACGGAGCUACCUACCGACGACCGAUCAACCGGAUCGCAGUUUUGCCGAUUGAGGACAACGAGCCACCAACCCUGAGUGAUGUUGAAUCUACGAGUCAACCGGGCGGAGUAUGUUCCGUGCGAAACAAGCUAUAG